AUGGCUGUAGCAGAUUCAGAGACAGCUCCUGCUGGCGCCGCUUCUGCUGGCGCUGCUGCUACAGGUGGCGUUGCUGCUGCUAAUGUGGGUGCUUCUGCUGGUGCUGCUGAUGACACUGGUGGUACUGGUAUUGGAACUGUAAGGGUGGCUCGAGAGGGGGAGGAGGAGGAGGAGGAGGAGGAGGAGGAGGAGGAGGAGGAGGAGGAGGAGGAGGAGGAGGAGGAGGAGGAGGAGGAGGAGGAGGAGGAGGAGGAGGAGGAGGUAUGUUUGAGACACCAAAGACAGGUUUUCCAGACGAGGCCAGCCCAUCUGAAAUCCCUGACUCCUGCUUCUCCUCUUGGGGAAACCCCUGGACGCGUGCUGCUCCCUGCUGCCCGGUUUGCUGCUGCCCAGCCUGCUGCCCGCCCUGCUGCCCGCCCUGCUGGCCGCUUUGCUGCUGCCCACCCUCCACCCCUGUGUGGCGUGCGGCAGAGAGGAGCUGUUGGAAGAACCCCACCAGUUCUCCAUCUGACAUCACACGAAACCUGCUCACAUGCGCACAAAUGA